UCUUGGAAAUACAUUCCAUUUCUGGGUAGCCUUCCGAGAACACAAUUGGCAAUUAUUUGAAGUAUUUAAUGUGAACGACACACGAGUGAACAGAAGAAGAAAUAUUUGUAGUGGACACCGUCAGGUAUUGUGUGAGGACGGUUGUUGUGAUAAUGUGCCCCGGAUAAAGAAAGGGAAGUUUGGGACGGCGUGUGUAUUUCCAAAAGGUGCUUCUUCCAUCAGCUGUCCCGACUAUCUUCCCUCGACCCAAACUGGCAUCGUUGAGUGUAAACACAAGGCCCAAUGCGGACGGGAAGACGUAAAGAAAAAGGCGAACACGACGGUGGAACAGCGUACCAAGGUGGCAACGUCAAUGAAGAAAAUCUUCCCUCCGAGCAGCAGGAGUGGAACUCUGGGAUGGAGAAGGAGGAACCACAGCCCCCCCACAUUAAAGAAGAAGAGGAGGAGCCACAGCCCCCCCACAUUAAAGAAGAAGAGGAGGAGCCACAGCCCCCACACAUAAAAGAGAAAGAGGAGGAGCCACAGCACUUCCAUGCUAAACAGGAAGAGGAGGAGCCACAGCCCCUCAACUUUAGAGAGCAGGAUCCACUGCUGCCCGAUAUUAGACAGGAAGACGAGGACCACAGCAUCAGUCCGGAGGCGCUUGAAGGAAUGGAGGAGUUUCCAGUUGUUGUUGUUGUUCCUGUGAGGAGUGAAGAUGAGGAGGACAAAGAUCAGAAACGUUUUCCUUGCUCGGUGUGCGGCAAAAGAUUCUCUCAUCAAGGUAGAUUAAAUAAACACACCAGAUUACACGCUGGAGAGAAACCUUUUCCCUGCACGGUUUGCGGGAGAGGAUUCACUAGCAAGGCACAUUUGAGAGCGCACACAAAAAUACACACUGGGGAGAAACCCUUUCCUUGCUCGCUGUGUGGUAAAAGAUUCUCCCAAAAAGAGAGUUUAAAAAUACACACUAGAGCACACACCGGAGAGAAACCUUUUUCUUGCACUGUGUGCGGUAAAGGAUUCUAUGACACGUGUGGUUUAAAAAUACACACAAGAGUACACACAGGAGAGAAACCUUUUUUCUGCUCAGUUUGUGCAAGAGGAUUCAGUAAUAAGUCAAAUUUGAGAGCGCACACAAAAAUACACACUAAAGAGAAACUUUUUCCUUGCUCGCUGUGUGAUAAAACAUUCUCCCGAAAAGGUAGUUUAAAAAGACACACGAGAGUACACACUGGAGAGAAACUUUAUCCUUGCACUGUGUGUGGUAAAGGAUUCUCUCACGAAGGUAGUUUAAUAAAACACACUAGAGAACACGCUGGUGAGAAACCAUUUUCCUGCUCAGUGUGUGCUAGAGGAUUCACUAAAAAGUCAAAUUUGAGCGCACAUACAAAAAUACACACUGGAGAGAAACCCUUUUCUUGCUCACUGUGUGGUAAAAGAUUCUCCCAAAAUGAGAGUUUAAAAAUACACAUGAGAGCGCACACUGGAGAGAAACCUUUUUCCUGCACCGUGUGUGGUAAAGGGUUCCGUGGCAAAUGUGGUUUAAAAGUACACACAAGAGUACACACUGGAGAGAAACCUUUUUCCUGCUCAGUUUGUGCGAGAGAAUUCAGGAACAAGUCAAAUUUGAGAGGACACACAAAAAUACACACUGGAGAGAAACUUUUUUCCUGUUUGCUGUGUGAUAAGACAUUCUCUCGAAAACUGAGUUUAAAAAGACACACAACAAGAGUACACACUGGAGAGAAACCUUUUUCUUGCACAGAGUGUGGUAAAGGAUUCUUUGACAAAUGUGGUUUAAAAAGACACACUGCAAAGAAACCUUUUCCUUGUGCGAUGUUAGGUUAAAUAUUCGAACACAAUGGCAGUUUAGAAACACACAAGAGUGUUCACACUGUAGAGAAACCUUUUUCUUGCACUUUGUGUGGUACAUGAUUUUCUGAGAUAUCUGUUUUAAAAAUGCACACAAGAGUACACACUGACAGAAACAUUUUCCUUGUUCACUGUGUGGUACAAGGUUGUACACACCACAGAGAAACCUCUUUCCUGCACACAUUUUGGGAUAUUCCUGGGUGAAUUUGACUCCCAAAUGUUGGAAAUGAUUUGAUUUAAUUUGAAUAUAUACCAGUUUGUGUUAAUCCAUCCAGUUAUAUUCCUCUGACAGUGGUCAAUCAUUCAUUAUAUGAUGUUGUGUUAAUGUUAUAAUGCUAAGUAAUAUUUGUUUUGUAUGCCUCUGUAGUAGUUGUUGUACGCCUCUUCAGUUGCAUUAAAUAAAAUGAA